GGCCCCAUCAUGAAACCCUCCAUCUCAGCGGGGCCCCCUGCUGGCCUGCUGCUCGUCCUGAUGUGCUGCCCCCUGCUGGGCCUGGUGCAGUCGGCCAGCAGCAAGAAGCCCAGUGAGAACGGACACCCGCACCUGGGGGACUCGGACCCGGAGCGCUGCAUGAGGCACCACUUUGUGGAGACCAUUACACAUCCCAUUUAUAAGUGCAACUCCAAGAUGGUGCUGCUGGCGCGCUGCGAGGGCCACUGCAGCCACACCACCCGCUCCGACCCCCUGAUCUCCUUCAGCUCGGUGCUCAAGCAGCCCUUCAAGAGCACCUGCUCCUGCUGCCGGCCGCACACCUCCAAGCUGAAGGCCGUGCGGCUGCGCUGCUCCGGAGGGACUCGCAUCACGGCCACGUACAGAUACAUCCUCGCCUGCAACUGUGAGGAGUGCAGCUGAGCCGGGGGCGGCGCCGGCCCAGCCCUCCAGACUCUACAGACCCAGCUUUCUCCUUGGCCUCGGACGUUAAUCUAGAGCUUUCCAGAGCGUUUUGGUUGAUUAUUGGAUCAGAGCGUCGCCCCAGAGGACGGCAGCUCAACGUGCUGGUUGUGAUGUUGGGAGUGACAGUUUGGAUCCAUGGUACCACCCUCACCGGGCCUCAGCGUCGACCUGCGGCCCCGGGGACGCACACACAUCAUCUAUACCCUCGCCUCUGUGUGCACUCAAUCAGCGUAAAUCAUCAGAAGCAUAUUUCUCCAGCACUCGAGGCCAAACACCACAAACUGCUGCUCCCACGAGGCGGCUGGAGAGCCUCCUCGCUGCAGAGAGAGCUCAGGAAACCACAGAGCUCCUCACCAAGAUCUGCUCCAGCCUCCAUUAAAGCUCCAUACAGAGCAGCCGGGACCAGGAGGCCCGGGGAGAGCGAGGGGAUCCACAUGUGAGGUUUACUCACCCUAUAAUAAUCUACACGCUUUCAUCUCACUGUGUAAAACACGAGUGGACAGCAGAGCUCAUCACGUGAAGGAAGACGGCUCUGUCGUCCUCUGGGUGGCGCUGUGGACUCAGGCUCUGGAAGCUAUCGCUGUUGAUUGAAAUGUAAACUGUCUCUUUGAAUCUCUGACGCUCCUGUCGACAUUAUUGAAACUUCAGCUGCGAUCAGGAACCUGCUGCUUUGUGCCCGUGGUGAAAUGUUACUAACGACACGUCCAGUGUUUCCUCCUCGCUCCUCGUCUGUGAACAGGAAGUCAAACUGUCGCCAUCAGCCGCCAUUCAAACAUCAACUAAAAACUCAUGAACCUUUUCAAACUCUGUGAAAAGUUCACUUAGAAUUGGGAUAAACAGAUUUUCUUGGGUCACGUUGAAGCAAAGAAAGAACCACGACAUCAUAUUCCUGAAAUCAAAACUUCAUCUGAAAACUUCAUCUUGAAACUUAGAGUCAGCUGAGUUCAUGGUGUUUGAGUCUCUAGCUCUGAAACAUCUCUCUGACUUGAUGUGGUUUGAAUUACACUCUACAGAAUUACCAGAAUAUUAUUUCAAGUUGUGCACAAAUUCAGAUGCAGAAGAUAAUUCACGUGUCCGAUGCUCCGGAGAAUUUAAAGAAAUUUGCUUCAGACUAAGUCCAGAAUAGUCCCUGAAGUCUGAGAGGAGUGGAUCAGAUCUUCUGUCCAAUCGUGUUUCAUCCUGUCAGUCACAGAAGGUGAGAACCCAAACACCAGGCGACCUUCUGUGAAUCUCACAGAAGAUAAUUCAAACCAUGUAAAUUCAUCUUUUCAAAGUAAAAUGCUUCAGGACGUCAGUCCAGCCUCCAUGUUGAAGUUGAGUUUCCUCAGCUGUGAUUGGACGCAGUGAGAAGAGCUGAGACCAGUUAAAACCAGAUUCCCAGCUGGUUUCCUGUGGAGAUGAAGCAGCUCAGGAAACAAUCACAACAUGUAAAUGUGUUUAAAGUUCAGCUUCACUCUCACUGUUUGUUCAGAUCUAAAGUUCACAGAAUCUCUCCAGAGUCCAUCAGACUUGUGUUUCUUCGUGUUUGUCGUGUUUAACGUGUCUGCAUCAAAACAGAGCAAAGAAAAGAAUCAGGGCUGAUAAAUAAAUACAUAAAAACAUGAGAACAUCUGUUCUGGAUCAAUAACCUCGUGUUAGGAGCUCGUCAGACAUGAAUGUGAUUAGAAGCUGCUUCUCGAGGCUGAGUGGGGGAUCGUGUUCAUUUGAAGUGAUGACGUCAGAAGUUCACAGACGUUUGGAUCUGCACCAAGUUACACAAACAUCGGAUUCAUUUCUUCAAGAUCAUGAAUUAUUCUGAGGAAUCAAUUAACAUGAGUCAUUAGAGCUGCUUCCUCCACCAGAGACCAACAGUCCGGUUCAGAUCCAUGAAGCUGCAGCGAGCCCCCCCGGUCACAGACCUCCGUCCCUGAACAUGACGUCUGUGAAAUGUCCUCGUCCUCAUCUGUCCUCCAAGUGUCCUGGAAGUCUGUCCUGUGGUUUUUGUGUAAUCCUGCAAACUAACAAACGAACACAGAUUCAAAUGUGAAUUCCUUGGCCCCGGUCGUGAUUGUGACGUUUCUUUGCUUCCAUUGAGUUUUAGACUCUGAAACAGGAAAUGUAGAAAUAGAAGAGAAAAGAUGAAUCUUGAGAAACGAUGCUUUUCAGGUUUGUGAUCUUCUCUGUGGUGGAUGGACCGAGUGAAGGAGGAGAAUCAUCAGCUGCUUCACGUCUGAGUGGAUUCAUCCAGAGUGAAAACCUGUGUUCAGCCUCUGUGUGUGUCUGUGUACUAAUAAAU